AGAGAAUGGGCGGGGUUAGAAUGCUGUGCAGUUAGACUGAGCGUACCGUGUGUGUGUGUGUGUGAUUGUAUGGUAAAAUCUCAGAGACCGCAGGAGAGAGGAGAGGCAAGGUAAUCAUGGGGAACGUUUUGGCAGCAAGUUCUCCGUCUCCCCCUCCCGCAGCGUCCUCUCCAAGUCCAGGUUUAAUAAAUGUUCCACCUGGCUUUACAAUGCCUCCUGUGAGCGGGCUGGCGUCAACUGAAGAGAAGAAGGAAGCACAGGAGGAUAAGCUACCUAACCCUGGUACAUUUGAGCAAUGUCAUCGCAAGUGUAAAGAAUUAUUCCCCAUUCAGAUGGAAGGCGUGAAACUUACUGUAAACAAAGGACUCAGCAACUACUUCCAAGUAAACCACACGGUGUCUCUCAGUACUGUCGGAGAUUCCAAUUAUCACUUUGGGGCCACGUAUGUAGGAACAAAGCAAGUGAGCCCAUCAGAGGCAUUUCCAGUUUUAGUUGGAGACAUAGACAACAGUGGCAGCCUCAACGCACAGAUAAUCCAUCAGCUUACCCAACAAAUUUCAUCAAAAAUUGCUUUACAGACACAGCAGUCAAAGUUUGUAAAUUGGCAGGUAGACUCAGAAUACAAAGGAGAGGAUUUCACAGCUGCUGUCACAGUAGGAAACCCUGACAUAUUAGUUGGAUCAGCUAUCUUAGUUGCUCAUUAUCUUCAGAGCAUUACUCCAAAUCUAGCAUUAGGAGGAGAAUUGGUGUACCACAGGCGUCCUGGGGAGGAAGGAACAUUAAUGUCCUUGGCUGGCAGAUACUCAGCACCGAAUUGGGUAGCAACUUUAACUUUAGGACAAUCGGGAGCACAUGCAACGUAUUACCAUAAAGCCAACGAACAGCUUCAGGUUGGAGUGGAGUUUGAAGCAAGCACUCGCAUGCAGGAUACUAGUGUUUCCUUUGCUUAUCAGUUGGAUAUUCCCAAGGCAAACCUGCUAUUUAAAGGUUCUUUUGAUAGUAACUGGAUAGUUGGAGCCACCUUAGAGAAGAAGCUGCCACCCCUCCCUCUAACACUGGCGUUGGGAGCCUUCCUUAACCAUAAGAAAAACAAAUUCCAGUGUGGCUUUGGCCUGACAAUUGGUUAACAUGAGCCUCCUCUUCAGAUCUUGUGGUCUCCCGUCCCCAUCCAGACAUGUGGCCUCUUCCUCUGCUUGCUGACCCCCUCCUCCUCCUGAUUUCCUUACUGACACUUCCUCCCCUGACUCCUGCCAGGCACACAUUUUAAAGAUUUUUCUUUUUUAUCUUUUAGGGGUAAGGAGGCAGUGAAGGAAUGAUCUAAAUUAUGAAUUUUUUAUGUACGUCCCUGGGCUGGAGGGGAAACUGCCUUUAUCCUCUUUUUCUCCUCGGUCUGUGUUAAUUUGGCACCAUGUUUCUAUUUCUUUUCUACUAUUGUUUCUUUUGUUGUGCCUGUCUUUCUGUGUUUCCAUGGUCUUCUGUGUUUCACAAGUGGUUUUGUUUCCUCCCUCCUGUCUGCAGUCUUUUGUUUGGGAGCAGCUCCAUGUCAUUUGUUUCCCAGUGCUCCCUUUCUUCUCUUAAUGCUCCUUCCAUUAUGGCCUGUUUGGGCUAGGGAAUUGCCAAUCUGGUGAGGUCGUUUGAGAACUACCCAAGCCCUGUGUCCUCAGUGACCAUGUUCUGCUGUCUGAGGGAGAGGAGGGUUAGUCCUUCUGCUGCCUUUGCCCCUCCUUAGCAGCAUGGAUGUAAAUCAUGUUUAUAAGUUAUACAAACACUGAUCUUUUACAUAAAACCGAAGUGAAGCCCAAAGCAGAGUCAUAGCUGGGCACAUUCAGCAUCAAUAAAAUGACUUCUGCAAAUGGC